UCCAAAAAAAUAAUAUUCAAAUCAUAACCCGGGUGCUGUUUAACUUUGAUUAAUCAAAACAACGGCUACAAAUAUGCCCUGCUGUGGCUCGAAUCUCGAGAUAUAGCAAGCUCCGCCGCCAUUUCCAGUCCCAGUUUCAUCUGCUUCGACCCUCCAUAUUUCCCGCCGUCCACUACCAGAGAGAACGGCCGUUCCAGUGGCAACAUGGCAAUUUCCGACAACCGCGAGCCCAAAAUCGCCACGGGUCCGUGCGGCUACGUCCUCGAAGAUGUUCCUCACUUAGUUGAUUACAUCCCCGAUCUCCCAGCUCUGACUCAAAAGAAUGGUGGUGAAGAUGAUAAGGUGGCGACCAUGGCCGCCUCUGAUGACGAAGAAGUACGAGGUGAGGCUGGUGGUGUGGAGGCUGGAGGGCUGGGAUCUGGUGAGGGAGGGUGCAGACGGGGCCGGUCCACAGGACAAAGAAAAAGAGGACAAGUGGACUGCGAAGAUUAGGUGGAAGGGAUCCAAUGUCAAGGUCGGGACCGACGAGGCUGCUGAUGCAGCGUGAAAGGGAGAAAGGGAGAGAGAAUAUGGGAGGAAAGGGAUGGCGGAUGAAAAAACAGUUUUAAAGACGUAUCCCAAUCCAUUACAAGACAAUCCCUCCUAUUCGGUUGUUAAGCAGUAUUUCGUCAAUGCGGAUGAUACCGUUGCCCAAAAGAUUGUUGUCCACAAGGAUAGUCCAAGGGGGACGCACUUUCGACGCUCUGGACCACGUCAGAAGGUGUAUUUUGAGUCAAGUGAAGUGCAUGCGUGUAUCGUGACAUGUGGUGGUAUAUGUCCAGGACUGAAUACAGUUAUUAGAGAACUAGUAUGCGGGCUGAACCACAUGUAUGGUGUCAAAAAAAUUCUCGGAAUAGAGGGUGGAUACAGAGGGUUUUAUGCCAGAAAUACAAUCCCUUUAACGCCAAAGGUUGUGAAUGACAUCCAUAAACGAGGUGGCACCAUCCUUGGGACAUCACGAGGCGGGCAUGAUACCUCAAAGAUUGUGGACAGCAUCCAGGACAGAGGAAUUAAUCAGAUUUAUGUACUUGGAGGAGAUGGAACACAGAAAGGAGCUUCGGUGAUUUUUGAGGAAGUCAGGAGGCGUGGCCUCAAAGUAGUGGUGGCAGGAAUUCCAAAUACCAUCGAUAAUGACAUCCCUGUUAUAGACAGAUCUUUUGGUUUCGACACUGCUGUUGAGGAGGCUCAGCGAGCCAUUAAUGCAGCCCAUAUUGAAGCGGAAAGCUUUGAGAAUGGUAUUGGCUUCGUCAAGUUAAUGGGCCGCUAUAGUGGAUUCAUAGCAAUGUAUGCUACUCUUGCUAGCCGAGACGUAGACUGUUGUCUGAUUCCAGAAUCACCUUUUUAUCUGGAAGGACCAGGUGGACUUUAUGAAUACAUUGAAAGAAGACUGAAGGAGAAUGGUCACAUGGUUAUAGUAAUAGCCGAAGGUGCAGGACAAGAGCUUCUUUCUGAAAGAAUGAACCAGCAGGAUGCUUCUGGAAAUAAGCUUCUGCAAGAUGUUGGUCUGUGGUUAUCGCAAAAUAUUAAGGAUUACUUCUCGAAGCAGAGAAAGAUGACUAUAAAUCUCAAAUAUAUAGAUCCCACUUACAUGAUCCGUGCGAUUCCAAGCAAUGCAUCUGAUAAUGUAUAUUGCACCCUCCUUGCUCACAGUGCCAUUCAUGGUGCGAUGGCUGGAUACGCGGGAUUUGCUGUCGGCCCUGUUAACGGAAGGCAUGCUUACAUUCCGUUUCAUAGGGUGACCGAGAGGCUGAACAAGGUUGUGAUCACUGACAGAAUGUGGGCACGGUUAUUGUCAUCAACCAAUCAGCCAAGCUUCUGGGACCUCAAAGAGGUCGAAGCAAAGAAGAAAGAGGAAACAAAAGAGGAAACCGAAGGCCAACUGAUAGUUGGGGAAAACCAUACUGAAGCGACUUCAGCGUCUAGACCGAAGGAAUAGGAAAUGGGUACAACAAGCAGCUUGUUUCCAAACUCUAAAGAUCGUUGUGUUCAUGGUACUCUUCGUUUUCGCUCCCUGUCUGUCUUUAUGUGUGAUGUAUUUAUUUAGAAGUGUUUCGGGUUUUACUAACGAUAUCUUUAUAAGAAUUAAGGAGUCAUUGUAUAUAUGAAACAAAAUGAGAACUUAUGAGUUGUGGGCAGAUAUGUGUGAUGUAUUUAUUUAUAAGUGUUUCGGGUUUUAUUAUCGAUAUCUUUAUAAGAAUUAAGGAGUCAUUGUAUAUAUGAAACAAAAUGAGAACUUAUGAGUUGUGGGCAGAUAUGAUUCCUUUCUACUCUU